UCUAUUUUUUACCUUGAAAGUUUUUUGAAUUUUAAUUUUACAUAUAUUUUGUUUAUCUUUGAGUUCAAUUCUGUUCAAUUGAUUUAUUUUUGUAAUUUUAUUUAUUUUCCUUUGUUUUUUAUAAGUUGAACUUUUAUUUAAUUGUUUAAAGGUUUCUAUACUAUAAUGCCAAACAACAAUACAACAAGAAUUAAUUCUCUGGAAGAACAAAAUCGUUAUUUAAUGUUCACAGUUUUUCAAUUACUUGCUCGUCUAGAGUCUGUUGAAGGUUUUUUAGAAAAUGGAUUAGGCAGCAACCGAGCAUUUCGGCGACGAAUGCUCCCUGUUACACAGGGGGUGCAGCAACAACCGCAACAACAGCCACAGCAACAGCCCCAACAACAAUCGCAACAACAGCCACAACAACAGCCCCAACAACAACCACAACAACAACCACAACAACAACAACCACAACAACUACAACAACCGUUAAUUGAAACUCCACGUACAACAAGAACUGGAGUAAGACGUCGAAUUAAUUGUAAUAAUUGCCGUGAAUGUGCUGAAUGUGAAUUUCGACGGGUUAGACGAGAAGACCGUCCAAUCCUACAACACUCACAAGAAUUACGAAAUACGGAAAGAAAUGUGCAACAACAAAUUGAACCAAUUCCUGCAAGUGUUAUUGCUCGAAUCCGCGGAGAACUUGGAGAAAUAGAUUGUAAUCAAUGUGGAAACUGUGAUAUAUGCAUAUCUGUUCGACGAUUUCAGCGCCAUCGUCUUGAAGAUCGACGUAUCCGCGAGAUACGGGAGCAAGAGCUGGACAGAACAGUUAGAGAGGACAUACGUGUUAUUCAAAACCCUGUCCGAUAUGUUGACGAAUUAGAACGGGUUCAACGACAACGUCGCCAACAACAACAACAACAACAACAAAACUCUGAAGUUGAAGUUGUCUGGGGUAGAAAUUUAAAUUUUUAUUUGAUAAAAACUUUAACUUUAGAAGGUCCUUCCUUUUUGGCUCCGAACCCAGCUGCAGAUUAUCUUGAUCUAGAUAAUCAACCCGGAACCAGCACUGCAGCUUCUCAACUUGCGCAACAACAAUUUGAAGAUUCUCUGAGUGCAGAGGAUUUUUUCAAUCUGCCAUCAACUUCAGCAACAACAACAACACCACCACACAAUAUUCUGUAUCCUACACGAGAUGGGUGGGCAGCCUACAGCUUCUUAAACUUAAACGGACUUGGCCCCUUAUUUAUUGAGCCAGAACAUCUUGAACUGUCUGAGGACGGCUUAUGUCUUCUUUGUUGUGAUAGGCCAGCUACAAUUUAUGGGCAAUGUGGGCACCAAUUUUAUUGUAAUCGUUGCGCCUUCAAAUUGUGUCGAGGGGUUAUAGGAGUAUGUAGAUGUAAGGAAGGAAAAUGUAAAUGUAAGGCCUUUUUAAAAUGUAUUUAUUGUCAAAAAUUUACACCUUUUUUCUGUUUACAAUAA